GCUGCGAGGAGGUGGCUACAUUGGUCUAUUGUAUUCCCUGGCUGGUGUUUUUUUGGUAAAUUUCUCACGACCUGAUAUCGAGAGAAAAAAGCAUGGCGGAUGAACAAGAAAUCAUGUGCAAAUUGGAAAGCAUUAAAGAGAUCAGGAAUAAGACCUGGCAGAUGGAGAAGAUCAAAGCCCGUUUGAAAGCUGAAUUUGAGGCCCUUGAGUCAGAAGAGAGACACCUGAAGGAAUACAAGCAGGAGAUGGACCUUCUACUACAGGAAAAGAUGGCCCAUGUGGAGGAACUCCGCCUGAUUCAUGCUGACAUCAAUGUGAUGGAGAACACAAUAAAACAGUCUGAGAAUGACCUAAACAAGCUGCUAGAGUCUACCCGACGACUGCAUGAUGAAUAUAAGCCACUGAAGGAACAUGUGGAUGCCCUACGCAUGACCCUGGGCCUACAGAGGCUCCCUGACCUGUGUGAAGAAGAAGAGAAGCUCUCCUUGGAUUACUUUGAGAAGCAGAAAGCAGAGUGGCAGACGGAACCUCAGGAGCCUCCCAUCCCUGAGUCCUUGGCCGCUGCAGCUGCAGCAGCUCAACAACUCCAGGUGGCUAGGAAGCAGGACACUCGGCAGACAGCUACUUUCAGACAGCAGCCUCCACCUAUGAAGGCCUGCUUGUCGUGUCAUCAACAAAUUCACCGAAAUGCACCCAUAUGCCCUCUGUGCAAAGCCAAGAGCCGGUCCCGGAACCCAAAAAAGCCAAAGCGGAAGCAAGAUGAAUGAAGAAAGGGCAAGCACAUGGAGCUCUACUACUAAUAACCUUGGCCGGAUUGAUUGAUGUCCUGAUGUGAAACAACUCUUUCCCACUCCCUCCAAGUCCCCUAUUUAAUGUGAUAGAAGCACAACCCCUCUGUCACUUACUUGCAUUUGUUUCUGCUUUGGGAUUUCUACUUUAAGAGAGUGGUGCUAAUGAUGUAUAUAAUUGUCCCUUUACUUCCAUUGUCAUCUUCUUCCUUUGUUUUGAGUAGAGGGAAGGGCAGAUGCUCCAGAUGUGACUUUUUGUCUCUUGUGCCAUAGGCCUUGGACCUAAGGUACUACAGAGUUUUAAGAGUGAGGGAGACCCAUUUAUUAGUUUAGAUGAAGGCCCCAGUGUGCCCAUCCAUUUAUCUUUGUCAUAGGCUCUGAAGGAACUUAUUGUUGGACUUCUCAACAGGCAUAGUGCAUAUAACUCCUCCAUCUUCACCUUAUCCUUAAGGUCUACAGGUAUCUUCAAAAAGUGCUUUUGAUAUUCACUUAGGAUUCCAGGCUGUAAUUCUAAAACCCUCCUCUUCCUGGUUCCUCUGAAAUAUGAAUGUUCUCAGGCACAGCUUUGUUUGUAGACUUUUCCCCCAUACCUCUAGUCAUUGCAAAUCAGUUGUAGAAGUUCCUUUGUGUGAAAUCAGGGAAUCAGAUCCACUCCAUAAUUUAUGCCUAGUUCAGCAGUUACUAGAGCUGAUGCCUUGCUCUAAGGACUGUCUUAAGCUGAGAGGGGACCUAGGUUGGCAUCUAUGUUGGCUUUUGUUACAUCAUUACUUUGACACCUGAUUAAUGUUAUAUUUUAGGAUGAGAAAAGUGGAUUAGGAUUCAAAUGAGUGCCAAUCAGUUACACAUGCACAUGAGUAGGAUUUCCUCUCCAUUCAUUUUGCUUCUUUAAGAUAAUCUCAGUUCAGGGCAGCUGGUAGCCCUCCUUAUUAUGUGGAUUGUAAAGAUGGUUUUAGUGUUGUACAUUUCCUUCCCAAAAGAAAGCUUCCCAAGCACUACAUCUCUGUUCUCUAUCAAAUCCAAGUCUCUAGCCAAGUUGCUCACAGGAGUGAAGCCUCGUUGGUAGAAAAAGUUUUAGCCCAAGAUCCUAGUUCCUGGCUGGGAAGGAGAGUAUGUUUGUUUCCCUUAACUACAGAUUUAAGUUGCCAUUGUGUUUGUUCACAAUAAAUAAACAUUUGUUCAUUGGAGUAAA